CGCGACAAAGUCAGAGAUGGCGGGUGGCUGAAGGCAAACGGACGACGUUAGGACUUCAUCAAGCCGUGGGUGAGCGCGAGGCCCUUCGAGACCGGCUUUGGCUUAGCCGGCGCUCUUGGGGGCGUCGAUCCUCGGAGCUUCAACAGCUUCACAGCUUACGGGUAGGUGAACUUAUCAUUACUUGCCAACUCAACUCAACCAACUAGCUGCACACACAGCCAGGAAAGCGAACCACAACCGUCACAGAGUGAACUGCAAUCGCUUCUCUAUCUGAGAUCCGACUCUACAGGUCUCUCUCUCUCUCUCUCUCUCUCUGCCCUUCACAAUGACUCCGCGUAAAGCCCGCGAACGUCGUCCCAAUCAGCACAAUAACCACAGCCACCACCACCCCCUCCAGCAGUCUGCCACCAUCCAGGCUUCUGACUAUGAAUCUGACAACGCCUAUUACUGCUCCGAUAACCAGCAACAACAAGUGCAGCCCAUGUCGCUGCCUCCCACGCGCUCCAAUGAGGAGCUCAACCUGUCUGUCCUCCGCCGGCACGACCCCGCCAUCAGCUCGAUUCUUUCCCUCGCGCCCUACGCGGUCGUCUACAUCUUCAGCCCGUCCACACGACAGUGGGAGAAGAGCGGAAUCGAAGGCAGCAUGUUCGUCUGCCAGUUGACUCAGGGCGAUAUCGGCGAGGAACGCUACAGCGUCUUCGUGCUGAACCGACGAGGACUGAACAAUUUCGACGUCGACCUCACAGACGGCGAGAACGUCGAAAUCACAGACGAAUACGUCAUUUUGAAAACCGACGAGACAGAUGAGAAUGGUGGCGGCGGGAAUGAAUCCCGUAUCUACGGUCUCUGGAUCUACUCUGAACCGCCGCCCAACUCGACCGCGGAGACGCGGACAUUGAACGCUCAGGUCAUUAAAGAAUGUGCUGUCCACGCGGGGCAGAGUUUGAAGCUCGCACACGAGCGACUCGAGAUCGAGCGGCAAAACGAUAUUCAUGCCGUUGCUGAGCAAGAGGGCGUAUAUUCGAGCGUCCCUAUGGACCGACAGGUGUCACUCAAGGAUCUCUUUGGCCAGCAGAGAGCUCAGGAUGACGGCUGGACUGUUAGGAUGCAUAGUCCAGGACAUGCAGAACCGCCGCAGGGACAGUUCUGGCCGCAACAAAUGCAGGUGCCGAUGCAGCCAGCACCGACGGGGGAUGUACUCGGGGAUUUGUUCCGAAGAGCUGGAGUGGCGUAUCAGACGGGGCAGCGGACAUCAUAGCUUCACAUCAUAUCUCCCGCAUGCUUUAGUCUUGGCUUCAUCUUUUUUUGUCUUAUCCCUUUUUCAUAUAAAAGAAGAGGACUAACUAGUAUUGGGGAACCGGCUUGUAACUUUAGAUACCCACUGAAGAUGCUCACGAAUGAAUGAACGAAUGAAAAAGAUGAAAUGCUUUGUUAUCGUAGAUCUAUAUAUAUACAAUAUAAUGCCAUA